AUGGAUGGGACCCGACUUCAGGUCGUCACAUCGGGAGCCACAGCUGGUCUCAUCUCUCGCUUCAUCGUAGCUCCCCUCGAUGUCGUCAAGAUCCGCCUCCAAUUGCAGACGCACUCUCUCUCCGAUCCUUUAACGCAUCGAGACGUUCGCGGCGGACCGAUUUACAAGGGCACUUUGCCUACGAUUAAACAAAUACUCGCCAAUGAAGGGCUCACGGGGCUGUGGAAGGGCAAUGUGCCCGCCGAGCUGAUGUACAUUUGCUACAGCGCCAUACAGUUCUCAGCCUACCGCAGCAUGGCACAGCUACUGCAGCGCACUUUCGGAGAGGGGCGAAUACCGCAAUCGGCAGAAUCCUUCAUCUCCGGCGCGGCAGCUGGCGCAGCGGCCACGGCGACUACGUAUCCCUUGGACUUGCUGAGGACACGGUUUGCUGCGCAGGGCAAUGAUCGCGUCUAUACGUCACUGCGGGCGGCGAUUGUGAGCAUAAGUAAAGACGAGGGGUUCCGGGGUUUCUUUAGAGGCCUUGGCCCGGGAUUGGGGCAGAUCGUACCCUUCAUGGGCAUCUUCUUCUCUGUGUAUGAGAUGCUUCGGCUCCCUUUGGCUGUAUUCCCACUCGAUCUUGUGCGCAAGAGGAUACAGGUGCAGGGGCCAACAAGGAACCGCUAUGUUCACAAGAACAUUCCGGAAUAUAACAUGGGUGCUGUCAAGACUCUAACGACGAUUCUCAAGACCGAGGGAGCUAGAGGCUUGUAUAGAGGUCUGACCGUCAGUCUGAUUAAGGCUGCACCAGCUAGUGCCAUUACGGUCUGGACAUACGAGAGGAUGCUGAACCUUCUCAUUAGUAUGGAUGACAAAAAGGAAAGGAACAGCAUCUGA